AUGGCCUCGGCGCUCUCAGCAUUAUUGGAAGAGCCGAAUUCGCCGCCCAAAAAUGAAAGUGCCAACGUAACUCCGGGUAAAUUUUUUUGUUUAUCUGUUGUGACUUUAGAUUGAAGUAAUAUGGUUAUGCUUCUUUAUUUUGUAUCUAACUAUCAUAAUUUAGUCGGAAGUCCGCGCCACGACAAGAUGUUGCUGGAGAAUGAUCUUGUGGAUAAUCUGAAGGACUCGACGGAACCACUGCCGGAAAGUAAUCUGGGGAAAGCAGUCGACAGUUUCAUUGUCCAAUGGAAUCAGUUGCUCGGAGACUUCAGUUCGGUUGUUGGAUUCACCCCUCCAUCACCAGACCAUGUCAAAGAAAAGGCGGAGUACUCGGUGAAACAAGUUCGGGAAGCCGGAUUGGAUGUGACCUCAGAAUUGCAUCGAGUCAUGCUGGAAUGGAGGUUAAAUCAUCCUCAAGAAGCAACUGAAGAAGAUACGAAGGACCUUGAAGAUGCAAUCGAGAGGCAAAAUAAUUUGUUGAAGAGUGUAAAUGGACGAUUGAAUGAGUUAUUGAGGAGGGAGGAUCCUCGGGAAGAUCAAAUGCAAGAGUAG